AUGGAGGCUCUGCAAAUGAAGAAACAGAACCAUAACUCUGUUUCUACAGAGAAUGGAACUCCUCGAACCCCCAGGCAGCGAGAUGAAGCCCAAUUGGCUCGUUUGGGCAAGCGCGAGGUCUUGAAACGUACCUUUGGGUCUAUGGCCGUGCUUGGCUUCAGCACCUCAAUUUUGAUCACCUGGGAAGCAGAAUUGACAACAUUCUUACAACCAUUACAAAAUGGCGGUCCCGCAGGUGCGGUGUAUGGCUUCUUGAUUGUGUGGGCCGGGUUGAUAGCAACGUUUAUUACGGUUUCGGAGAUGGUUUCAAUGGCACCUACAACUGGUGGACAGUAUCAUUGGUGCUCCAUGCUCGCGGGGAGGAGUGUAUCAAAAUUCUCGAGUUAUGUCACAGGUUGGCUCACUGUUGUUGGCUGGCAAGCUACCUUUGCCACGGGUUGCUACUUAAACGGAACAUUGGUACAAGGUCUGAUCAUCUUGACACGCCCGGAAUACGAACCGCACGCAUGGCAUGGGACUCUAUUCUACUGGGCUAUUGUGGUUUUCAGUGUGGCUAUCAAUGUUAUUGGUGGUUCUCUACUGCCUAAAUUUGAAGGCCUCAUUCUGGUGCUGCAUAUCCUGGGUUUCUUUGCCAUCAUCAUUCCAUUGAUUUACAUGUCGAAUCAUGACAAUGCCAUAGAAGUAUUUGGGACCUGGGUAAAUAGUGGCGACUGGCCUUCACAGGGUAUUUCCACCCUUGUUGGCUUGAUGGGAGCGGUAUUUGCAUUCGCUGGAGGUGAUGCCGCGGUCCACAUGGCGGAAGAAACAAAGAAUGCGCAAAAGGUCAUUCCGAUCUCAAUUAUGCUUAGCCUCAUGAUAAAUGGCGUGAUGGGAUUUGCCAUGCUGAUUGCGACUUUGUUCUGCAUCGGAAACAUUCAAGAUGCAAUCGAGUCAAAAACUGGAUAUCCUUUCAUGGAAAUAUUCUAUCAGGGAACUAAUUCCAUAGCUGGAGCUUGCGUGAUGGCCACCAUCAUGGUCAUUAUGAGCAUCUGUGCCGUAACCGGCAUAUUGGCAACAACUUCCCGGCAAUUUUGGGCUUUUUCUCGUGACCGUGGCGUUCCAGGUUGGCAGAUCUGGAGUAAAAUAUCAGAGAGAACAAAUAUACCAGUGAACUCGGUGAUAUUGACCGCAGUCGUAUCUUGCCUGUUGGGGCUUAUCCCAAUAGGUUCACCAAUAGCUUUCAACGACUUGACAUCGAUGUCAACCUCUGGUUUAUACCUCUCAUAUAUGAUAUGUUGCAUUCUACUGCUUUAUCGACGAUGCACUGGUGGAAUCUUGGAAAUGGACGAUUAUCGAAGUCGCAACAGCGCCGGGAUCCAGUCAGAAGUGGACGAAAAUAUCAUCAACACGGCCGGCGCAAAACUUGUCUGGGGCCCAUUCCAUCUCAAAGGCAUUCCUGGGAUUGUGGUAAAUGUGAUUGCUAUUAUAUACAUGAUUAUAGCCGUGUUUUUCAGCUUUUGGCCACCAACCGCAGAGGUCACGGCGGCAACGAUGAAUUAUAGUGCUGUUGGAAUCACUGGAGUUAUGCUUCUCACUGUUGUAUACUAUGUUAUAACAGCGAGGAGUGUGUACGAAGGGCCCAUUAUUGAGUUUUGA